AUGGCGAUGGAGGAGAUCGAUCUAAGCGAUCGACGAGGGCUUAUUGCGAUGGCAUAUGGGAAUCCGAAAGAAGGAAACAAAUCGCUAAACACAUCAACUUCUACAAUUGAUAAAGGAUCGGAUAAAGCACCACUUACAAAUAUCAAUGGGAAGAGUCAAGAAAGAGAACGAGAGAGGGAAAGAGAUCGGGAAAGGGGAGAGACGAGAGAACCCCGGAAAAAAAAACGAAUCUCAUGUGCCUAUGCUACUUGCCUCUUCUUAUUGCUUUGUGCAAUUCUCGCGUGUCUCCUCUCCGCUUUGAUCACUUAUGGACUAACGAAACAGGCGUUUGACCGCGACGGAGACGUGCUACCAUUUGUGCCGGAUCCAAGAUAUAAUUUGACUCAAGAAGAAGCGCUACUCGAUGAGGAAGAAGAAGAGGAAAGAGAUCUCUCGAUUCCACCAAUGGCCGAUCUCCGCUUGCCGAAAGAUGUCAUUCCACUGUGGUACAAUUUGACCGUUCAAGUGCACCUCCCCGGUUUUGUUCCGAUCGAAAAGGAUAAAAAUCUUACAUACGAUGCUUCGAUUACGAUUAAGGUGAAAAUCGUGAAAGACACUGACAAAAUUGUUUUGAACUCGAAAGAGUUGGAUCUCGAUUUGAAUGCUGGAUCGUUCCGGAUUUUCGAAGAUAAACAAGACUCCGAGAACAAGCGAGCACAACGCAGCUCCAACGAAACCGAGUCGGAGAAUGAGGGUUUCAAUGCUACGGAGAUCACAACAAUACACGAAACAAAGACCACCACUGAACGUUCAAACAUUGUCCCACAUCGAAAUUUGACUUUCGAGGAGGAUCAUAACGAAAAGGAAAACGAUCUCAAAAUCAAGAAAAUCACCCUAAAUGAAACGCUCCAAUUUUUGACUUUUCAUCUUUCUGAGAAACUCUCCGCUGGGAAAGAAGUUUACAUAAAGUUUGCCUUUUCUCGCAAACUGAGAACGACAAUGAAUGGUCUUUAUUUGACAAAAUAUAAAACAGAAAAUGGAACUGAGAGAUUAUUCGCUAUGACGCACAUGGAACCAGCUUAUGCAAGAGGAUUUGUUCCUUGCUUUGACGAGCCACAUUUGAAAGCACCCUGGAAGAUCAAGAUCAUUCACCCGAAAGGCACCAAAGCUAUCUCGAAUGGAAUCGAAUUGGAAGAGAGUGUGGCCACAAAAGACUCGCCCGAUUGGGUGUACACUUCAUUUGGGGAAACGCUGCCAAUUUCGUCGUACUUGGUGGCAAUGUCGGUGAACGACUUCGAAUAUUUGGAAGGGGAAAGCGCUAAAGGGACGAGGUUUCGCGUUUGGGCCCGAGCCACAGCAAUCAACGAGACCGAGUACGCGCUCGAUAUUGGCAUAAAGUCGAUCGAUUUCUAUGAGAAGUACUAUGGAAUGGAGUAUCCAAUUCCUAAACAAGACAUGAUCGCCGUCUCCGAUUUUGAUCCAGGUGCAAUGGAAAAUAUGGGACUGAUUGCAUUUCGCGAGAUCUUAGUUUUGUACAAUCCAAAGCUCCACUCACUUCAAACAAAAUACAAGGUGGCGACAACAGUAGCUCAUGAAGUUUCGCAUCAGUGGCUAGGCAACUUGGUGACAAUGGAUUGGUGGAACGAUUUGUGGCUGAAUGAGGGAACGGCAAGAUAUUUGGAAGCGAAAGCCGUUAAAGAAAUCACAAAUGGAUCUUUCCAAGGGGAUCAAAUGUUUGAACUCUAUGAGCAUAACAGAGCCUUCACAAAGGACGCAAGAUCGUCAUCACAUCCACUUCAUCUGAAUAUCACUUCAUACGAUGAAGUGAAAGAGGCUUUCGAUUUUAUUACUUAUGAUAAGGGAGCUUCUCUUUUGAAAAUGAUUGAGAAGAUCAUUGGUGAGAAGGAUUUCGAAAAAGGACUCAAGGAUUACGUCAAAAAGCUUUGCUACAAGACGACCAACUCAUCGAGUCUAUUCGAGGCGUUGAACAGUGAGAUACCGGAAAAGUUAACCGGUUGGGAUGAGAAGAAGUUCGAUUUACCCGAUUUUGCGAACAAAUGGACAGAACAGAUGGGUUAUCCGGUGGUCGAGUUGCAUCGAUUGGACAAUGAGACACUCGAAUUCACGCAGAGACGCUUCAAGAGGGAUCCCACCAUUCCUGAGUCGGCUAGAUAUCGAAACGCGAGAUACUGGUACAAAUGGGAUAUCCCUUUGUGGUAUUCAGUGGAUGGAGAUGAACAACCGUUGGCCUGGCUACAUGAAGCUUAUCGCCUCAACAUCACCGAGAAUCAACUGGUGUUGGUGAACCCGGAGUCGAUCGGUUUCUACCGGGUCAACUACGAUCAACGAGGAUGGGAGGCGAUUCAGCGGCAAUUGUUGAAAGAUCAUACGAAAAUCCCAGUGAAAGGCAGACAUCGAGUGAUCGACGAUGCCUUCAUACUUGCAGCUGCAAACCAUUUGCCUUACGAGGUGGCCUUCAACGUGAGCUCGUAUCUUUCAAAAGAAACCGAAACACUUCCAUGGAUUGCCGCUAUGGCUGGCUUCAACGAUGUUCUUCAUCAUUUCGAUGAUCAACCGGACAGUGAAGGAAUUAGAGAGUUCAUCAAAUCCCAGGUUAAACCAUUGUUCAACAAUUUGGAUGUAACGCACAACUUUGCUGAGGAUAAGGAUUUAUUGAAGAGCCUAUUGGUCGCUAAUGCAAUGAAAGUUUACUGUAUGGUCGAUGGAGCGGAAUGCAUCGAAAAGGCCAUUAAACUUUUCAAAGAGGAUUUCGUUGACGCGUGCUCUCAUGAUGAUAUCGCUUCGGAGUGUAGUCGAGUCCCGGUGACUAUUCGGGAUACGGUUUAUUGCGAGGGGAUUCGUUGGGGAACAACUGCCGACUUCGAGAAGAUUAGAAAUUUAACAAUUCGUGAAACCACCUCCACCGAGCGAUCGAUCCUCUUGGCCUCAUUGGGUUGCUCACGAGAUCCAUAUGUUCUCAAAAAAGCUUUCUUUGAGGGAGUGAACGGAACGGAUUUCCACGACAACGAGCUGGUCUCACUGUUUCUGGGGGCCGCUUAUGGAACUGUUGGGAAAUAUCUGACAAACGAUUUCAUUAUGGACAAUUGGAAAGAGCUAUUCAAGAGAUUCCAAGACACGCAAUUCUCGCUUCGAAACAUCGUCUUAUACGGGCUACGGCUGAGGGAUGAGAGGGACCUGAAAGAGAUCGAAUCGUUCAUCUCAAAGCACAAGAUCACCACUCGUCGUUUCUCGGCGUGGAAGAGCGCCAUCGAACAGGGAAAGAGUACGCUAAAUUGGAAUAAACAUCAUCGAAAAUCUCUCAUCAAAUUCUUCAAAGGGGAAAAGAAUGAAAAAAGAGAUGAAGAUGAUGAACUU